AUGAAAACAACCGACUGCUGUACAAAAACAGCAGCAGCAGAGGGCAGUGAUGAGAUCACAAAGAUCUUUAAUCUCCCUUCUGACCAAACACUGCCACCCGACCGCCUUGGCUUCGACCGCCCCAGCAAAGCCGUGGAUUGGCUCAUCAAAAAGGCCAAACCCGCCAUAGACGAGCUCGCGGAGCUACCCGCAUGGAAUCCCAUUACUGCUUCAAUAGCAACUCCGAAUAUUGACCAAAACCAAGGUCAAAAUCAGCAAGAAGAUCAUUUUCAGCAGCUUCGUAUCCUCCACCGCGAUGUGGUGGAUACCAUUACCGGUCCUUCUAGCAACGCAGGCGACGAGAACAGCUCGAGUUUUUUGCCACCAUCUUUGGAUUCUGAUGCCAUUGCUGAUACUAUUAAGUCUUUCUUCCCAAUGGUUACUUCAACGGAGACCAAUUCGUCUGCAAUUCAGUUUCAUGGCUUUCCACCACCGGAUUGCAAUUUGCUAUCAAGACCCAGGAAUCAGAGCCAAGAUCUGAGGCUCUCUCUUCAGUCUUUUCAAGAUCCCACUUUUCUCCACCACCAUAACCAACAAACUCAGCAUCAGCAUUCCACAAAUCACAGUGAACAAGCACUUUUCUCUGGAACAACCCCACUUGUGUUUGAUGGGGCAAAUUGGUCCGAGACCCAGAGAAUGGUGGCUUGGAAUGGUGGUGGAGACACUGCUAGUGGUGGUGGUGGUGGAGGAUUUAUCUUCAAUUCACCACCAACGCCGCCGUUGUUCGGCCAAACACAGCAGUUUUAUCAGAGGGGACCCCUUCAGUCCAGUAACACACCUUGGGUUCGUGCUUGGAUGGACCCGUCCGCCAUUGCUAUCAGCAACUCUGAUCAUCAUCGGCAAUAUCAAACAGUACUACCCAUCCAUCCAUCUUCAAUGUCUGGCAUUGGAUUUGCCUCUGGAGUAGGCGGAUUCUCCGAUUUUCGUAUUCCAGCACGAAUCCAAGGUGAAGAAGAGGAACACGACGGCAUUUCCGACAAGCCGUCCUCUGCUUCCUCCGAUUCUCGCCAUUGAUUUAGCUCAAAACUGAAACUUUCUCCCUCUCUCUAGCUAAAAGGAAAUAAUCCGUACGUAGUCUGCAAGAGCAACCAAGAACAGGCAGUUUGCUGACGUUGGAGCUGUUAAUUGGAUUGAGUCAAGCAAGGGGGGAGAGUUUUCAGUCAAUUUAUCCAGUGGCCACUACCGCGUGGAAGAAGAAUUCUGAGUCUGUUUCAGGUUUUCUGAUUGCGGUUUGCUAUUCAAUUUUACUGUCUAUGCUUUAAUUUUGCUUUCAAAUUCGAGUGGGCUAUCACAGCUCAACUUUUUGAGUCUCUGUGGGUUGCUUUGUGUUUUGUUGCUAGACUUUGAUGUUGCGACUGUUUGCUUAAUUUUUCAGUUCCUGAGUUAGGACUAUGAGAAAGUACUAUUAUGUUAUGAUCAAGUUCACUUAUUUCCACUACUUAAAACAGAUCUGUGAUCCCAAAUCUGGCACUGGUUUCUCAUAGAAAUGCAAUACUAGAUGGAGAAAGGCCAGAUAAUUUGAC